GCGCACAGCUAGCUCUCUGUGCUCGCACGGCAACGCAGGAGGCAGGACCGACACCACAGUAACCCCCAAUCCUCUUGCCAAGCUAGCUAGUGCUCCUUCCUUCCUCCUUCGUCCUGCUCGGAGCUCUCCGCUCCCGCGUCCUCUGCCGCGACAUUAUUUCUCCUCUGGCUGGCAACAAGCAGAUACUAAUGGGGUGCAAGGCGUGCCAGAAGCCCAAGGUGCAGUACCGCAAGGGCCUGUGGUCGCCGGAGGAGGACGAGAAGCUCCGCGACUACAUCCUCCGCUACGGCCACGGCUGCUGGAGCGCUCUGCCCCUCAAGGCUGGGCUGCAGCGCAACGGCAAGAGCUGCAGGCUGCGAUGGAUCAACUACCUGAGGCCGGGGCUGAAGCACGGCGUGUUCUCCCGGGAGGAAGAGGAGACCGUCAUGAGCCUUCACGCCAAGCUGGGCAACAAGUGGUCUCAGAUCGCACGGCAUCUGCCGGGCCGGACGGACAACGAGGUGAAGAACUACUGGAACUCGUACCUCAAGAAGCGCGUCGAGGGCGGCGCGCAGGGCAAGCACGGCGCGGCGGACCCGGCGACACCCGGCCGUUCCGACGUCCACGGGAGCCCGGACGACCCCAGCGAGAACAACGGCCAGGGGUCCGUCGUCAGCCGGCCGGCGAACUCUGACUCGUCCGAGCCGGCGGUGGAGUCGUCGUCGGCCGACGACUCCAGCUGCCUCACCGUCACCGAGCCUGCGGGCGCGCGCGCAAGCGCAACCGCCGCGGUGCGACCGCACGCGCCGGUGCUCCCGAAGGUCAUGUUCGCGGACUGGCUGGACAUGGACUACGGGACCAGCCUGGUGGCGCUGGGUCCGGACGCCGGUGUCUUCGACGUGGGCGGCCGCAGCCCGGCGCAGGGCCUGAGCCACCAGGGGUCGUCCGUGCAGGUCGACGGGCCGUCGUGCGGCGCGGUGGAUUCCCUGCACGGGCUCGGCGGCAUGUGCUGGGAGUUCGACGCGGCGGCGGAUCAGUUGGACGUGCAGGGUGGAGGAGGGUUCUGCGAUUUGCUCUCCAUGAGCGAGUUCCUUGGGAUCAACUAGGCCGUCAGAGUGUUGUUGUCCUUCUUUCCAACGGUUCAUCGCGAAGCAUUGUGUCGAAUCUGUUCCUUCCGUAGGGCAAAGUGUAAAUUGUGUGCUAUACCAAUGUACAGUUAAAUAUAGUAUAUGCAGAGCUGAGUAAAGAUGUGUGAGGAAUUGUCUCCUUUCCAGUCCACUCCAUGGCUGUGCCUCACGGCUGGUCGGAAUUGCAUGGUUUCAAGUCUA